AUGUCCAGCCGACGAAACAGUCUAUCGCCUCCGGAGCGCACCCAUACGGAGGAUCCAGGGGCUCAUGAUCUGAAACCACAAAACACAGCAGAUUCCGAGUCCGACGACCACUUCUCCGAUGCCCACUCGCUUCCCGCCGAGUCGUCCCGGGCCUCGCCUAUACCACGGACGCGGGUCGAGAAGAUUAGCGACGAGCCCUCGUAUGGCGAGGUUCCUGGCACCGAUGCCUACCGCCUACGGGAGGGGGACGCUGAACCUGACGAGAUUGCCAUGAUUGCUGAUGCAGAUGGCGGCGCAAGCGACGGCCUUGCUACUACACACCUGCCGGAUCGCCCUAGCACGCCCGGCGGCAAGCCCAUUCCCACGACGUUGGUGGAGGAGACGCCCGACGGUGACGGUGCCAAGACGCCCGACGGGAAGAAGCACGAGUCUGAUCCCGUGCCGGACUUGGUCGUGAAGGCGGACGGAACACUGAACUUCGCUGGCAAUACUGCUUUGAACAGCUCAGACUCUAGUUCUCCCCAAGAGCCGCGUAGUACAGGUACAGCGGCUGCAGCAGACACUGCGGAGGACGCCGAGGAGGACGGUGGGGACGAAAACGAAGACGAUGGUUUUGGCGAUGACUUUGACGAAUUUGAAGAAGGCGGUGGGGACGACGAGGACUUUGGAGAAUUUGAUGACGGCUUUCAAGAACCGCCUCCAGCAGCAGCAGCACCACCACUACCAACACAAGCUCCAGCACAGCCUGCGCAAUCUGCACCACCAGCAUUACCGUUUCCCAUUCCCGACUUCGAGGAGCUCGAUGCAGACGACAUCCUUAAGACUACCGCUCCCUACUUGAACGGUCUCUUCCAACCAGACGACUCCCUCCCCACCCCGCCACAACUGAGCAACUCGGUUUUCUUGACGCCACGAAGCGCGUCCCUCUGGUCACAGCUUGUGGCGCCACCACCGUUGCAGCCACCGGACUGGAUCCGAAGCCGCAUCCGGCGCCUGUUUUUGGUUAGCCUGGGCGUGCCCGUCGACCUAGACGAGAUUUUGCCUGCUUCCAAACAAAAGAAGCUCAUACUGCCGUCGCUUUCUGUCCGCCGCACCGAUUCACCGCGUACAUCGUCCGACAGUCGGUCGAACACUGGCGCCAAAGACGGGUCUUCCGCGGCUGCUAACAACAGCGUGGCAAGGCUGAAGCAGUCGGGAGCCAACGGGUCCAACUCGAGUGUCGACUCGCAAGGAAAGCCCUCGUCGUCCUCGCGUAAGCGGAAAGGGCCACCACCGCCACCCGACUUGGAUCUCGUGGCUGGUCAGCAACUGUGCAGGACGACGGACGAGGCUCUGGACGGGAUGACAGACGACGAGCUCAGGGCACAUGCACAGCGGCUGGCGUCAUUGGAGGUGGCUGCUAAUGAGGUGCUAGAGUACUGGACGAAGCGGACCGACGAGAAGAUUGGCGACCGCGAAGCGUUUGAGGGCGUGAUAGAGAGCCUGGUUGCACACGCCCGGAAGACGCGCAAGUGA